AUGGGAAUCCUCGGCCACUCCAACCUCGCGCCAUUGCCCGAGCCGAUCGCCAUCUUCGAUCAGUUCGUGGCCAAAGAGUCACAGACGCUGAUCAUGAAAGAAAAGGUCCUCUCCGUCUCUAACGAUAGCUUCGAAGUCAAAUUGGCCAGUGGGCAGUCGCUUUUGAAAGUUCACGGAGCCUGGGCUUCGCUCUCUGGUCGUAAGAAGGUCGAAGACGUCCAGGGAAAGCAUCUCUUUGACAUUGUCAAGGAGCAUCUACACAUUCACACAACCUAUGCACUUGAAGACACCCAUCGCAAGAAGAUCGCAGAGGUUAAGAACAAUCUCUCAUUGCUCGGCUCCAAGGCGACCGCCACUCUCACAGACUCUCAGGGCAAAGCCGUGACGCUAAAGAUGAAGGGAGGCUGGUUCGAUCAUACCGCUGACAUUGUAGACGAGAAGAGUGGCCACACAGUAGCCCGCAUUGACCGGAAGCUGUUAAGCGGCCGUGAUCUUAUCUUUGGCCAACAGACGUAUGCCGUCGUGGUGGCGCCAGGAGUCGAUGCAGCAUUGAUCGCUGCCUUGUGUAUUUGUUUCGAUGAGAAGAACAAUGAGCCAUCUAGCUAA